GAGUAGGAAUGUAAAAUGGUAAUAAUAACUGCGGAUAAGCCGAGGCUAUGUCCCCCAAGCUUUCUAUUUAAGCCGAAUGCAGAUAGACAGAGAGACGUACACGGUGGAGAAGCAACAAAACGAAACCCAUCCAUGGAGAAAAUCGAGCACUCCACCAUCGCCACCAAUGGCAUCAACAUGCACGUCGCUUCCAUCGGCUCCGGUCCGCCGGUCUUAUUCCUCCACGGCUUCCCUGAGCUCUGGUACUCAUGGCGCCACCAGCUCCUCUUUCUCGCCUCCAAGGGCUUCCGAGCCAUAGCCCCUGAUCUCCGCGGCUUCGGCGACUCGGACGUGCCGCCGUCUCCCUCCUCCUAUACGCCUUUCCACAUCAUCGGAGACCUCAUUGGCCUCCUCGAUCAUCUCGGAAUCGAUCAAGUUUUCUUGGUAGGCCACGAUUGGGGCGCGAUGAUGGCUUGGUACUUUUGCCUUUUCAGGCCCGAUCGAGUCAAAGCUCUGGUCAAUUUGAGUGUCCAUUAUACUCCUCGGAAUCCGGCAAUCUCAACUCUCAGCCUUAUCCGGAAAUUACUCGGCGACGAUUUUUACAUUUGUAAAUUUCAGAAACCUGGAGUGGCUGAAGCCGACUUUGGAUCUGUGGAUACGGCUACGAUGAUGAAGAAAUUCCUGACGAUUAGAGAUCCAAGCCCUCCGAUUAUACCUAAUGGAUUCAAAACACUGAAGACUCCAGAAUCCUUACCGCCGUGGUUAACGGAGGAGGAUAUCGAUUACUUCGCCUCCAGAUUCGCGAAAACUGGCUUCACCGGCGGACUCAACUACUAUCGUGCCUUUGACCUAACCUGGGAGCUGACUGGGCCAUGGUGUGGAGCACAGGUCAAAGUUCCUGCGAAAUUCGUAGUGGGGGAUCUGGAUAUGGUGUACAAUUCUCCAGGUGCGAAGCAGUACAUUCACAGCGGCAGAUUCAAGAACGACGUGCCACUUCUGGAAGAAGUGGUAUCAAGGCAGAGAGGCAGAGAGAAGCACGGUGGAGAAGCAACAAAACGAAAGCCAUCAAUGGAGCAAAUCGAGCACUCCACCAUCGCCACCAAUGGCAUCAACAUGCACGUCGCUUUCAUCGGCUCCGGUCCGCCGGUCUUAUUCCUCCACGGCUUCCCCGAGCUAUGGUACUCAUGGCGCCACCAGCUCCUCUUUCUCGCCUCCAAGGGCUUCCGAGCCAUAGCCCCGGACCUCCGCGGCUUCGGCGACUCCGACGUGCCACCGUCUCCCUCCUCCUAUACACCUUUCCACAUCAUCGGAGACCUCAUCGGCCUCCUCGAUCAUCUCGGAAUCGAUCAAGUUUUCUUGGUAGGCCACGAUUGGGGCGCGAUGAUGGCUUGGUACUUUUGCCUCUUCAGGCCCGAUCGAGUCAAAGCUUUGGUCAAUUUGAGUGUCCAUUAUACUCCUCGGAAUCCGGCAAUCUCGCCUCUCAGCCGUACCAGGCAAUUCCUCGGCGACGAUUUUUACAUUUGUAAAUUUCAGAAACCUGGAGUGGCUGAAGCCGAUUUUGGAUCAGUGGAUACGGCUACGAUGAUGAAGAAAUUCCUGACGAUUAGAGAUCCAAGCCCUCCGAUUAUACCUAAUGGAUUCAAAACACUGAAGACUCCAGAAUCCUUACCGCCGUGGUUAACGGAGGAGGAUAUCGAUUACUUCGCCUCCAAAUUCACGAAAACUGGCUUCACCGGCGGAUUCAACUACUAUCGUGCUAUUGAGCAAACCUGGGAGCUUACAGGGCCAUGGAGUGGAGCGAAGAUCAAAGUUCCUACAAAAUUCGUAGUGGGAGAUGUGGAUAUGGUGUAUCAUUUGCCAGGUGCGAAGCAGUACAUCCACGGCGGCGGAUUCAAGAAGGACGUACCACUUCUGGAAGAAGUGGUAGUGAUGGAAGGCGCAGCGCACUUCAUCAACCAAGAAAAAGCAGACGAAAUAAGCGCCCAUAUCUAUGAUUUCAUCAACAAAUUCUGAUUUCUUGUUGGAUACUCAUCUCCUCUGCUUCUUAUCCUAUCAAUGGCAGCACUGCCAUAGCAAUAUCAUUUUCACAUCCAGUUUCCCUAUCUUAUCAAUUUCAUCCCUAAAAUAAGUUAAAUUACACAAGUUACUCUUUGAAUUCCGAACAUUAAUUCUAUUUA